AUGCAGGAUAUCCAAAUGGGAAAUGCUGAACUGGAAUCGUUCUUCAAACCCGACUUCGAGGCUAGACUGUCUGAUAUCUUUGUUACAGAAUCAGCCUCUUGCAAGGUGGGUGUUGUCUGCUUGCAGAAAGCUCCAAAACAGCCCACUGCCGACCUCCAAAGCCCAAAUCAAAAUAGCGAGAAAAGCUUUGUCACAUGGGUGUCUACACUCGCUCAUUUAAAGACUGCCUUAGAGUCACAAGCCGCGGCGAAGUCGAGAAUGAUAAUCUUGCACCGCAAAACCUCCUGGAGUCGGGUCAGCAUAACAUAUGAAAUGUUUCAAGCCGUCUACGCACUUGGCUGUACUCCCCACUUUCUGAGAAUCCUUCUCGGGUUUAUUGACCGAGUUGCUACCAAAGAUGAGGACUGUAUCAGCUGUUAUCGCGGCUUUACCUCCCCUACUCAAAUACUAACAAACCAGCCGGAAACCCAGUCAUCUGGGUCUGCUGACUCUCUAACUGCGUCCACUUGUUUUCUUUGCUACAAUAUUCGGUACAUGGAGCUAAAUCAUCGCAAGAACAGUGAUCCAUGGUCUUGCCGACAAUCUGCCAUUUCGCAACAGUAUAGCUUCAGCACAAAGGCAUCUACAUGGAUCAUUGUACAGCCUCCAAUGAAGUUUUCUCAGAGCGUAGAGAAGAAUAGUAUCGGCCAAGAGUUUCAUCCCAUGGCCCAGCAUGUAUGGUAUAUGACGGCUGGAAUCUCUUGUUGGAGAGAGUAUCUUGAGUACUUUGCGACCGAACUUCGCCGCCUUCAUACUAAUAUUCUUAUGUUUCGGGGACAAGAGACCACUCUGCACAACGAGAUGAGGCUCACCCAAAUUGUACAGUCCGAGUCACUCGAGACUAGUACUAUGGUGUCAAUCGCUAGCAAGACUUACAACGAUUCUCGAACGAUGAGGACUAUGAUGAUGGUGACACUUUUCUAUCUCCCCGCCAAUCUAGUUCUGUACGAGUUUAGUCUGGUUUGA